CUCCAACUUCAUCGCCCGCUGUUGCUAUAAGAUGAUGGGGCGCAUGCAGGCUCGGUUUCGCUUCCCCGUCCUUCGUUGACCGCGCGAGCCUUCAACAAUACCCAAUCUUGAACGCCCCGAUGUCGAGAGCGUCCUCGGAGGACAGCCGGCUGAGCGCGAGUGAAGGAGAGCGCAUGAGGGAGGAUAGGCGCGCAGUUGAGGUCGGCUGGGGCGCGCCCGUUUACCCAGCAGCAGGCCCGCGAGGCGUCAAGCGCCCGCGCUCGACGUCGCCUCCACCCGUGGCUGUGGACGCUCCCGAAGCUAGCCAGCAUCGCCCCCUUCCCGCCCGCAGUCGCCGAACAUCGGCCUCCGCGCAAGCAACGUCCCCCCUCCACGCCAGCGGGCGGCGGCGCUCGUGGAUGCAUCGGAGGGGAACGUCGUACGCGGCCAUUCAGGACUGCGAAAGUACGGAGAACACGGUCGCUCAAGGCCCUGUAACGAUCGUGCUCGAGCCUGCGCCGGUGGACUUUGACGCGAAGGGGGUUCAGACUGGUGCACGCAAGUCUGGACGAGGGAAAGAGCGUGAGGCGCCUUCGCACUCUCGUGGCGGAUCUUCGCACUCUCGUGGUGGAUCUUCGCACUCCCGAGGUCCCUCCCAUGGAACCCCUUCGUCCUCUGCGCAGCCCUCGAGCGCUGCAGGGACUCCCUUACUCCAUCCCGGCGCCUAUCCACGCCCAGGAGUCUAUCCACAACCAGGCGUCUAUCCACAACCAGGCGUCCAUCCACACCCUGGCGCCUAUCCACACCCUGGCGCCUAUCCACAACCAGGCGCCUACCCGCAUCAUGGCAUCUAUUCCAACGCCCCAAAUCAGUACUCUGCUAGCGACCUUCACACACGAGCAAACCAUCGGGGGCAUCGCCAUCCAGCCCAACACGCGUCUCCUAUCACCCAAGCCCGCCCCCGUGUACCUCAGGACGUCGUGUGUGUCCCGCAGGAGACCAUCGAGGCGCUUCGACAAACUCAGCAAGCCACGCGAGAAGCGGAGCUGAGCGCGCCGCAUCCCCGCGGACAACCUCAACCUGGGACUCAGAUGCAACCCGCUGCCCGUGCCGCAUACGCUCAUCAACUUCAACCCGCUCAUCAACUUCAACCCGCGCAGAGAGGCCAUCCCUCCCGACCGACGACGAGGGAAGGGGGCGCUAGACCAAUGGCGCACGACGGACACGAUCAUCAGCAUGCGAUGCACGACUCACGUCCCUCUCCUUACGCCUCCCAUCCAUCUCAUCACGCCUCGCACCCAUCUCAUCACGCCUCGCACCCAUCUCAUCACGCCUCGCACCCAUCUCAUCUCGCCUCGCACCCAUCUCAUCACGCCGCGCACCCAUCGAGUCGCGAAGCCUCGCACCCAUCGAGCCGCGAGGUUUCCCAUCCCACAACGCGCCACCGCCUCCCUGCGCGCGAGCAAGGGCUGCGUCUGGCGCCUGAAACUCCGCCUCCGGUGCCGCCGCCGGUGUCGACGCGUCCCGCUGGGGACGAGCGGGUAUCGCGUCUCGCGGGGGAUGAGCGCGUGCCGCGUCUCGCGAGGGAUGAGCCACCACUGGCGCGCUUCGUCGUCGACGAGAGCGUCCUGGCGGCGGGCGGGCGCGUGGGGGCGGGUGUGCAUGUCACAAGCAGUCGGCAGCCAGCGGCGGCGGGUGGUAAACCGGUGUCGGCGAGUGGCAAACCCAUGUCGGCGAGUGGCAAACCCAUGUCGGCGAGUGGCAAACCGGUGUCAAAGGGUCGCAAGCCUGCGUCGACGAGCGGGAAGCCUGCGUCGACGAGCGGGAAGCAUGCGUCGCGCGCGGGAUCCAGUGGCCGUCCUGUGUCAUCGAGCAGCAGACCCACAUCAUCAUACGGACCGCCCUCUCAGACAGGACCGGGUGGGCAGUACCAUCCGUCGAACAGGCCACCGUCCUCGGAUAUGCCGCUCGCGCCGUCUCGUUUAGCUCCGCCGACGCAGUUGCUUGCUUCGACAUCGCCUGGCGUACAAUUUGUGUCGACCCACCAGAAUGGCACACACGCACCGUCCGAUGCAUGGCCGAGCCAUCCUGGGUACUCCCAGUGGCCGGAUACUGAGCAGGCUCCCCGUCAUCUGCAGAACGAUGGUUACUCUCGCCCGCCGGCAUAUCGUCCGCAGGAAGUACAGCACCCGCAAGCGUAUUAUCCUCUUCCGCCUCCCCAACAUGCCCCUCAUCCUUCCCUUCACCCGUACGAGUACGGCACGUAUGGACCUCCGCACCACGACGGUCGCCAACCUCACGCUGCGGGUUACGAUGGGGACCCUCGACCGCCUCAGCCCGUCCACCCUGCUGCUUUCAGAGGUGUGCAUCGUGCGGAGGACUUCCGCGGGUACGCUCAAGCGACUUCGCCGAGCGACGAUCCCAGCCCUCCCCCUCGAUCCGGUGGCUCCUUAUCCGCUCCUCGUUCCGACGAUGUGCCCCGCUUCGACGAUCAUGCCGCGCCAGCUCAUGACGCCACGCCCCUCGCUAGCGACGAGCCUCGCUCGCCUGCACCAUCUGCGAUGCCGCAACGCUCGCUGAUGGACCGCAAGGCGGCGAACUUCUUGGCGGAGCUUAGGCGCGAGAGGGAGGCGCGCCAGCGCCCCGGGCCUUCGCGCUCGCCCCCGCGUGCCGAGGAUGAUGCUGAACGCGAUCGUCCUGCAGCUGCUCACGGACAGCAAUGGGCAAGCGACCAUGCACGCCGCGAGAGCGUGGGGCGGCUUCAGGAGGCAACGUCGAGACGGCAGGAGGCGACAAUGAGACGGCAGGAGGGCGCUGCGAGAGAGCGCGAGGAUCGGCGGCAAGCGGAAGGGACGGGACAGCAGGAGUGGCAUGACUACCCAUAUUAUCACGCGCAACAGCCCCCGAAUGAGGGCGGGAGACAGUCCGAAUUGUCGGCACCCGUUCCUCUUUCCCAAGAUGUGCCAUCUACUCGCGGCGGUCCGUCCACGUCUGAUGCUCCAGCGAGGGCUAAGCCCGCUCUCCGCCAACCAAUGGCACAGCGCUCCCGCUCGCAAGACCAGCGGGACCACCAACGCGUGCUGAAAGAUGAAGAGAAGCGCAGGCGCAAAGCAGAGGCGAAGGCGGCGAAGCAGCGCAAGGUCGACGAGAUGCAGCGUCUCAUGAAAGAGUAUAUGGCGCAGCAUAACGACGACGAGCGACAGCGGCUGAUUAUCAAGCAGCAGCAGGCGCAGGCGGCGGAGCGCUUGCGGCAGACACAGAAGAGGGGUCAGCGGUGGUGGAAUGGGGUGCCCUUGCCUGCGCCUGCGGGAGGCCCGCCCGACUUGGAGAGUGCCCUCGCUGGCGCGAAUGUCCUGACUUAUCGGCUGUGGACCGGCGGGCCCGACGUCCCUGCUCCGCCGGAGUCAACGCCCUGGCUGCAGGCGGCAUCUGAGGUUCAGUUUAUGGUGGCGGCGGAGGAGGAACGAGAACAACUUACGGGCACAAUCGAGGCUCAGCGCGAGGCGGAAAUCGAGGAACAAGUGCCCACUGCUGAGGCUGAGGCGACCGCCGCCCCACCCCCAACCAGAGCUGCCUCACCUUCUUGUGACGCUCCUCUUGACGAGCCUCAUCCGGCGGGGUCUCAGCCUGCUGAGCCUUGUCCUGUGCAAUCGAAGACCCUGAUCCCCUACUGGUUCCAUCCUAAUGUGGGCUGGACCUUCGAGCCGCCCGCGCUCAACUUCCUAGACCCACCGUGCGAGAAUGAGACACUCUUUCGUCCAUCUCAUACGCCAGUGCCUGCUUUGGAGCCGGCAUCGUGGGAUGCUCCUACUGCAUCCGAUAUCGUACCACACGAGUCAGAUAUGGCAGGCGAUGCUGCCACUUCGACCGCGGAACAUCACGAUCCUAUUGCGCCGUCGUACCCGACCGCUGGCCACGGCUUCCCACCGACGAAUCACGCGGCCACGAGCAGACUUCCCGGCGCACUCAACCCCGGCAUGCACGGCGAAGCGCCCCAAGAUGAUCUCGUUCAGACGCUCGUCCCCAUAAGCCAGCGCGCAUACGUCGUUCCGCGCGAAUAUUCCGUCGAGCACGACUUUGCUGCGCGAUUGGUGCCGUGUCCAGUUUGCGAGGGGUUGGAUGAGUCAGAUGAUGAGGGAGGCUCGCUACCGCCGUCCUGCGUGCAUGAGAAGGUGCUCGCAGAGUGCGAGAGAUGUAAGGAGCUGGGCUUGGCUGAGGGUGCACGGUGGAAGACGCAAUGCAUUGCACAGGAAGGAGUACCUCGACAUCAGGUUUGGAGCCGUUCGACUUUGCCGGAAGGUGUGAGAGCUCAAGCUCUCGCCGCGUACGAGGACGAGUACAUCAACGAGGAAGAAGAGGACGAGCUGCGGUAUCCCGAUGACGAGCCGACGAAGCAGGACGUCGGCGUCGACGCGUCCAUCGUGAGCACAGCCGAGGAUCCACAGACGGUGCGCGCCAUGGAAGACAGCGACUCGGACGAUGAUAUUCAGAUCACUGGAUACAAUCCUGCACCUGCUCCUCCGGCGGGUGAACCUGCUACAUGGAGCUCCCCGAGCGCCAUCGCCAACAGGUACCUGCCGACCGACUAUGUUCUGACGCUGCGCGACGGGGUCCUGAUCCCUGUACCGCGCGCAUCGGUGGCGAAGGACGCGCAGAUAGUGGAGUCGCUUCCGAUUACCCGCACGCCUGAGCAACGUCAUGCCAAUGCAGCAAUUUCCACUCAGGCCGAGGUCCUUGACGAUGAGGCGCGGAGUCUCAAGCGCCUUCGGGAAGGCGAUGGUGACGAGUCACCGCGGCCCUCCAAGCUGGCUAGGAGCGCAUCCGCGCCCUCUGGUCCCACUGAGGACGACGAUGCCGCUGCAGCGCAGGCGCUCGUACUUCUGCUCAACGGCAACGGACAGACAAUGAACCAUAUCCAGCCAGAGCUCGACGAGAGCUCGACAUCAGCGCCUUCCUCUGAAGUACCAUGGUCUCCAUCCGCCGACGCGUCAACACCCAAGGAAUAUUUCGAUGCUUCAGUCUCGUCCUCGACCGACGUACCGAAGGCAACGGAAGAGGCUGCGGCUGCGUCGCCCAGCUCGCCAGAGGUCUUCAUAGUUGUUGACGGUUCUGCGGCGCCUGUCGAAGCUGGAGGGAGUGCAUCCCCGCCCAAGUCGUUGCAACGCUCGAGCGAGGAGCAACAGGGUGUUGAGGGGCAUUCAGAUGACACUUCAGGCGAAGCGGUUCACGAGUCUGCUGCUGAGGAGCUCGGCGAGUCUGCCGUUGAGGCGGACGACGAACCUUCAUCGGUCAUUCAGGCAGCAGAUGCGCUAGCUGACGACGAGCCUGAGGUGGUGGACCAACCGGAAGACGCGCAACUUAGCGUCGACGCGGAGGUUGUGGCCGCCGCUGACGCGUGCCCCCACGGUGUAGAGGCGCCAGUUGAUCUGCGCCAGCCUCUGGCUGGCGAGGGCGAUUCCUCGGGGAAUGAAGAUCUUCCAGUGGACGGCGAGGCGCAAGCCAACUCGACGACGCGCGCCGCUACUCCGUCUACCGUAGUCGAGGACGGGGAGAUCGUGGAGAAGGACGUGGCGACUUCAUCUUCCGCCGAGUCGCUGUCUUCAGCCAUCGCCAUCGAAGAGGUGCGCGCGGCCGUCGCCGUUGGGGCUACCAUGGCCAUCGUUCGCGAGGAGCCCGCAGACAUCGUGGAGGAGUGCCCUGCGGGACUGGCGCGUGCGGAGUCUGAAGCAGCGACUGAGGUUGUUGAAAGCGAAGCCGCUGGAUCCUCUGUCGAGGCCGACGAGGCCGACGAGCCGACGCCUUGCCGACCUUUGAGCAGCGCGGCUGAUGUUGCAGCGGCUCUCUUCCCGCCAUCUCCUGAGGCCGACGUGACUCCCGAGCCGGCACGUCUCAGCAGCGAGGCCGCCGUUGCCGCAGCUCUCUUUCCCGAGGAGUACCCGGACGUUGCAGACCUCGCUCCCCGCGCGGAUGAGGCUGCUUCUUCGACGUUGGCUGCGUCAACGUCGCUUCGUAUCAGUUCCGCGUUGCCUCCCCGUGCCAGCUCUCCGCCGUCCGUCUAUGCCAGUUCAUCUCCGCCAUCGCUGCAUGUCAGCCCUCCACCGCUGUCGAGCGCUGGUACUCAAUCACCCGUGUCGCCUGACAUGCCCAUGUCUGCCAUAGCAAUCACGCCCAUGGAUGACCGCGUCAGCCAUGUCGCAGCGAUCGGCGUGGCGGGGUCGAAGGCAGUUGGCGCCGCGGUUUCAAAGGACCGGUAUCAAGAGGCGGGGGCGUCUACUUCCUGCGACGCUCGUGCACCUGCACCUUCCUAUCCAGCUGAGGCUGAGCCUGGCUCCGUCCAAGGCACUCUUCCGCCUGCGGUAGAGGUCUCCUCACCUUCGGUCGAGGUCUCCUCCUCUGCAGUCGAGGUCCCCUCCCCUGCGAUCGAGGUCCCUCCGCCGCAACCCUCCGGCUUCGCCGGCACCCUCGAGAACGGCUAUGCGCGCGCGUUCGCGGCCGGCUGCCCACCCAACGACCGCCAGCUGGUAAAGCAGGGCGGCAUGAUCAUGCCCGCCGGACAGCUGCAGCCGCCGCGCGCGAGGCUGUCCUUCAAGGAGCAUCUGGCGCUGAAGCGCAAGCGGGAGGCGGCGGAGGCGGAUGUGGCGGCGCAACGCAAGAAGUCUUGGGCGGAUGAGGAGACGUAUCGCGAGGGUAAGCGCCCUCGAAUCGAGCCCCAGCCGCCGACCAUCCCCGCGGCGCUGAUGACGAGGGGAGGCUCGCGUCCUCGGUCCACCAAGUCUCCCCCAGCGAACCAGAAAGCGGCGGUCGAGCCUGCAUCUGAUCGCACGUCACCAUCGCACCGUGAUUCUUCCGACCAGGAUAUCGGAACGUCCACGGCCUAUCGAAAUGUUAUGGGCUCUUUCUGUAUGUAAGCUAUGUGUGUUUCAGGCGGCCUCAUGAUGAUGCUAUAUAUGCGCUGUGUAUGUUUUUUAUACUUUUCUCUGCCUCGCUAUCAUGCUUUCAACUUGUUUUUACGGAAGUGUAUCAAUAGUUGUGAUUGGAAUGGGACGCUACCUUUUCUCAGCC